AUGUCGUCUGUUGCGCAAAAACGUCUAUUCCAUGAAUACAAGAAUCUCUCGACGAAUCCUCCCGAUGGAAUCACGGCUGGUCCGGUCACCGAGGAUGACAUGUUUCACUGGGAGGCGCUUAUCCAGGGUCCGGAGGGCACCCCGUUCGAAGGUGGCGUCUUUGCGGCCGAGUUGAAGUUCCCCAAAGAUUAUCCACUAAGUCCACCGACAAUGAAAUUCGUGAGCGGUGGGGUCUGGCAUCCCAAUGUGUACCCAAAUGGAACAGUUUGUAUCUCGAUCCUUCACCCUCCCGGUGAUGACCCCAAUCACUACGAGCAUGCUUCGGAGCGAUGGUCACCUAUCCAGAGCGUGGAGAAGAUCCUGAUCUCCGUCAUGAGUAUGCUGGCCGAGCCGAAUGACGAGAGUCCUGCCAAUGUCGAGGCUGCGAAGAUGUGGCGGGAACGGAGGAGUGAAUACGUGCGUAAGGUUCGGGAUGAAGUCCGCAAGGGUCUAGGAUUGUAA